CUGGCCUUUUUACUCUUUUUUAGACUCGAAACAACACUCAAUUAUGGUUUGGAGCGUGUUUGGUGCAUUCAAGCUCAACGAGGCUCGAAUACAGUCGCGAUUGGUUAUGAUGAGGGAUCUGUUACUUUAAAAUUGGGAAGAGAAGAGCCAGCGGUAAGCAUGGACCAUACUGGCAAAAUUUUAUGGGCUCGUCACUCAGAGAUUCAACAGGCCAACUUGAAAACCCUUGAUGCUGAAGCAUCAGAAGCCAUACAAGAUGGAGAGCGACUUCCUCUGUCUGUCAAGGAUUUGGGUGCUUGUGAAAUUUAUCCUCAAACUCUCGCUCAUUCUUCAAAUGGACGUUUUGUUGUUGCAUGUGGUGACGGUGAAUAUAUUGUAUACACAGCUAUGGCUCUUCACCGUAACAUCGACAUCUCGGUUAUGUUCUUCCCACAAGCUGUUUUAACCACCACUUACCAAGCUUACCAAAUGUUCAGUAAUCGUUCUAAUUACUUUUAA